AUGGCACCUGCAGCACUCGUCGCGCCUCCAGCCCCUCCAAGAGUGGUUGGACCAGAAACGAGGAGAAUCACCCGUCCCACCAACAAGAUUCCCAAAUUCUUAAUUGAUGAAGCAUGUAUCACAAACAAAGAGUCCUUCGACCCGGAAAAGCAUGUCAACUUCCAGCCUCCGAGCAAGAUCUAUACCAUGAAGGAGAUUGGCCUUGAAGGACAUGGAAUUUCUCCCAAUGCAGUCUCAGAGCCCUUUCCCCUAUUUACUGAGGGAGCUAUCAAGCAGAUCCGAGCAGAGGUCUUUAGUGAAUCUGUGCUCGAGUCGUGCCAGUACUCUUCCACUUUCGUCAAGAACAUGGUGAGAGGCAUGGGUCCUGUGCGAGCUCCGUUCACUUAUGAUGCUUGGUAUUGUCCAGAAGUCCUUGCAAGAAUCUCAGAAGUUGCAGGGAUCGAAUUAGUUCCGGUAUUUGAUUUUGAUAUUGGUAAUGUCAACAUCUCGGUCAACGAUCCGAGCAGCACAAAAGGCCCAGACGGUUCAAAGUGCGAUAACCUGUCCGCUUUUGCGUGGCACUACGACAGCUUUCCAUUUGUUUGCGUGACAAUGCUGUCCGAUUGCACCGAAAUGAUUGGCGGAGAAACUAUGAUAAAAAAUGGAAACGGAGAGACUAUGAAAGUGCGUGGACCAACAAUGGGCACAGCGGUGGUCAUGCAAGGCCGGUAUAUCGAACAUCAAGCCUUGAAAGCCCUCGGAGGUCGCGAACGCAUCAGCAUGGUGACCGCCUUCCGGCCAAAGUCACCAUUUGUCAAAGACGAGAUCAUCUUGACUGGUGUCCGUGGAACAAGCGAUCUGUCGGAGCUCUACAGCCAGUAUUCUAUGUACCGAUUAGAGGUCCUUGAAGAGCGUAUUCGUGCUCAUAUGAAGAAAGAACGGAAGCGGGAGGAUGCCAAACGUCCGUUCGACGUUGACAAUACAAAGAGGUUUCUGAUGGAGCAGAAGGAGUUCCUGGAGUCCAUGCUAGAGGAGAUUGUGUAA